AUGGAUGAUUCUACUGCUUCAGGCCCUCGCCGCAAUAGACGGCAUCGUCCCCGAAAGGAGCCUAACCAGGGUGUCUCUGGAUCAGGGCAUACAGAGCAUGGGAUUGGACACGGCGGAGGCGUAGAGCAGGACACGUCGUCUGGAAAUCAGGCACCAGCUACGCAGAGCGCGCCCAACCCCAAUCGCAGGAGGAGAAACAAACCUCCAGCAACAAGACAGCCUGCAGACAGGAAACCUCCGGACUAUAGUCCGUCCAGGUCAGCCACCCCCGAUCUAAAGGGAAGGAAACGGCGAGCGCAAUUCAACAACUCGUUGACCGACUCUCCUGCUCAACUGGAAAACUCGCGACCACAACCUGCUGCUCACGUAAAUAGAGCGCGCUUGAAGAAGCCAGCUGGGGACGAUCUCACUUCCAAGCUAAUUUAUACGCUUAGCACUCCCCCGUAUGCCGACUGCCCGAUCUGCUUUGCGGCUAUCCAUCCUGCGCAACCUAUAUGGUCGUGUCUGCCAUCUGUUAAUGAUGGGCCCUCUUGCUGCUAUACACCCUUCCAUCUGAAAUGCAUACGAUCUUGGGCGGGGAAAUCCGUGAAGGACAUUGAGGCGGCAUAUGCAGCACGAGGGGAGGAAGGAAAGUCUGGGGAAUGGCGAUGUCCUGGAUGCCAGAAGAGACGAGAAGAAGUUCCAGCACGUUAUCAAUGCUUUUGUGGCUCGGUAGCUUCCCCUCAACGCACACAACUUGCUACCCCUCAUUCGUGUGGCAAUUCAUGCUCUCGGCCCCGCAGCGUAUAUCAGAACCCAACAAACGGCGAUAACCCCGCGUGUACCCACCCGUGCCCUCUGCUUUGCCAUCCGGGCCCAUGCCCUCCGUGUCAGGUUACUAUCCACAUGCGAUGUCAUUGUGGUAAGGAUGAAAAGACAUUCAAAUGCCGACAACUAGCCAAAGCUGCCGAAGCGACUGACGUACGAUGUUGCGAGCAGAAAUGCGCCAAACUACUGAAUUGCGGAAAACAUCAGUGUGCACGCAUUUGCCACCCAGGACCUUGUCAACCUUGUGACAUUCAAGUGACGAAGCGUUGCUGGUGUGGUCGGGAAACGAAAGACGAGAUCUGCGGGGAAAACCUGUCGGAGAGGUAUGCGUGCACGAAUACGUGUGCGAAGGUGUACCUAUGCGGAGUGCAUUCCUGCGAACGCACUUGCCAUCUAGAACAUCUCGAUAAUUCGGGAGGGGAGAUUUGUCCCUUCGACCCCAGCGUGCUGCGUCACUGUCCUUGUGGUAAAGUUGAGCUUACGUCCUCGUCCCUGUGGCCCCUGCCACUUCUCUCUCAAUCUUCUCGCCUGCCGCGCUCUUCAUGCAGCGAUCCAGUCCCAACAUGCACGUCCCAAUGCCUGAAGAAUCUCUCUUGCUCUCAUCAAUGUCAAGUCCCUUGUCAUCUCCGCGAUUGUCCUCCCUGUCAAGAGCUCGUUGAGCGAUCUUGUAGAUGUGGCGGGACUCGCAAACAAAUCCCAUGCUCUCAGCUCUACGAUCCGCAAACUGGGGUCGAAUUGGAGGUUUUGUGUGACAAGCCUUGCGGAGCGUUCCGAGCCUGCGGGAAGCAUGAAUGCAAACGUAUAUGCUGCCCCCUUGCUGAACUAGACCUUGCUGCCAUCGGCGGACUACAUGAAUGCGACCUGAUCUGUGGAAAACCUUUACCUUGCGGAAACCACAAAUGCGAAGCGCGCGAUCACAGGGGGGCAUGUCCGCCGUGUUUGAGGAGCUCAUUCAAUGAGAUUGUGUGUCACUGCGGGAGGACGGUGCUGGAUCCCCCUAUUCCUUGUGGGACGGUGCUGAGUUGCCAGUUCCCUUGUGUGCGUCCCCCACCGCCAUGCGGACAUCCCAGAGUACCGCACGCGUAUGGGGCAAGACCAAUCUCUAGGUGCCCGCCAUGCCCACAUUUGGUCACAAAGCCUUGUGCUUGCGGCAAGAAGAUGGUUCCGAACGUACGAUGCUCUACCGCACCAGACAAGGUGAGAUGCGGGGGCGUCUGUGGGAAGCUGAUGGAAUGCGGAUUCCAUCGCUGCGAUCGCGGCUGUCAUCCUGGCCAGUGCGGGGAUUGCUUAGCGUCCUGUGGCAAGGCGAGAAGGUUAUGUCUCCCUCUCCAUCAUCCGUGUACCUUGCCCUGUCACGCACCUUCCGCGUGUUCGGAGGCAGAGCCAUGUCAAGCCAUUAUAACUGUAUCUUGUCCGUGUGGCCGAAUCAAACAAGCGGUUCAUUGUGGCCGAAAUGCGAACCAACCUACCGCGGCCUCUGACGAAUCCUCUCGGGGCAAUACACCAAAAUGUAAUAGUGAAUGCGCAAUCGCGAAGCGCAACGCCCGUCUCGCUGAUGCUUUAGGGAUCAACCCUCAAUCCCGCGCGGCGGAAAAAGCAGAAGUCAACUAUAGCAAUGAGUUAGUGUCAUUUGCGAAGUCUGACGCCAAGUUUCUUGCUCUCGUAGAAAGAACUUUCACGGACUUCGUGAACGGAGAAAAGAAGAACCAAGUGCUUCCUCAUAUGCCUGUUGAACGGCGGCAAUUCGUUCACGAUUUGGCAGCACUCUAUAGGAUAGACACACAAAUGAUCGACCAGGAACCAUAUCGAAGUGUGCAACUCCUUCGGCGAGUCGAUACUCGUAUCCCAGCUAUUACACUGUCAACGUAUAUCGCCGCCAACAAAUCAACAACCUCAAACCUUGGGAAGCUGACGGACAUGAGCCUGCGAUCAGGAUCAUCAUCAUGGCGUAGUACGCCCACUAUUACACCCACGACAACUCCGCGUUCUUCCGUGGCUCCUGUUCCCAAUAUAUCCGAUGUAGGUACCUCGGCAAGAGUGUGGGGUGCAACUUUGCAGCAAGCCUUGAACAGGGCUUCCCCCAAGCCAUCAUCCGGAACCGUCCCUCAUUCCCGCGCCACUACCCCCGCCCCUCCUCCUCCUCCUCCUCCCACGUCAACAGCAAAUGAACCUACCACCCCGGUGCCUGCAGAUUGGGAAGAUGAUGUGUAG